AUGGUUCUCCCAAUAAUCGCUGGCUUGGGACUUACCGUGGCAGCUUUGACAUUUAGAAGUGGGUUGAGAGCUUAUUAUAGGUACGUCAAAUUAACCCCCACUAUGAUAGCCCAAUUGAACGGGAUACAGUUAUCAAAACCACACACUCAAAACGACGUAAUGAAACUAAAGUUUGCCCAGUAUCCUGGAGGAUUUUUUAAUCCCAUAACUGAAAGUGAGGCGCUGCUUAUAUUGGGGAUUCCCCAGUCAGAAAUUGUGACUUUAACGCAUGAGAAACUAAAGAAACGACAUAGGCAAUGUAUGCUGAUAAAUCAUCCAGAUAAAGGAGGGAGUCCGUAUUUAGCAAUGAAAAUUAACCAGGCGAAGGAGGUAUUAGAAAAAAGUUACAUGUUUCGGAAAUGA